CGGGGAUAAGCCAAGCGCACAUCUCCAGCCAGCACUUGAUCCAUGGACAAGUGGUCUGGCCGAACGGAGCUCACUGAUGAAGCUCACUGUUGUAUCGUAUCCGCCGGAAUGGAAGAAAUAAUGUUGAAAGAAAGUUUCUCAGGAGGUGUGGCUAGUAAGGUAUUUAGUUAGCUUGGUCUUGGUGGGAAGAUGCGAGACCUUGCAGCGAAGAUUGUUGCUAAUAAUACUGUGGGCUUCUCGAGAGUUGUCGGUACUGUGCGUACAUGUGGAUAACUUGUACUCCGUAGAUAUAUGCAGUCCCUCUGUAAUAAUCAUUAUUAUUAUUUAUUAUCAUUCUUGUUCUUCAAAGAUGCCGGUGGGUUGUGUCAUCGCUGGCUGGUCGCAUUCGCCGCUUUUUGGGCUGUUCUAAGUCCAAAUCCCCCUUUUUUCCUCUCCCUCUCUCUCCCUCUUCCUCCGACUGUCCUCCCUCCGACAGACGGAGGAGCCGCUUGCUUGUUCUCUCUCUCCAACGCAAUCAACAAUGAUAAUGGCUCAAGGCCUCCGCUAUCGACGUGGCAUUCCGCUCAUUCUCAUCGUUCUCUUCUUGUACUUCACCCUCCGCAGAACUUCCUCUUCUUCUUCUUCUUCUUCUUCGUCCUCCUCCUCUCGGCCUCCAAACGAUCGUAAUCGCCCGGUAUCAGGCGCCCCGACCCCGACCACUACGGACCACGGCAAGUUUUGGCAGGGCUUCCAUGAGAUCCUCAGAGCCGCUGAACCACGCUGCAAGUCACCGAAGCGGAUAGAAGACCAUCCUGAAGCGAUUGGCUUUAAGCCCGACGAGGUCGAUAAUGUUACGCUCCCGGAGCAUAUCAUAGUGGAGCCGGAAGAUAGGGAGAUAUUAAAGACGGCGCACUCGCGAUUUACCAGCUUGUUCUCGAGCCCGACUGCUCCAAAAUUACACUACACUUCCGGCACACGGGGUAUCGUCUCAACCGCGGGCGGCCAAUACCUGCCGGUCCUGGUCACCUCGCUGCACAUGCUGCGGCAAACAGGUUCGACGCUUCCCGCAGAAAUCUUCGUGGCCGACAAAAGUGAAUACGAUGAAUAUGUUUGUGGUGUGCUGCUGCCCUCGCUCAAUGCGAGAUGUGUGAUCUUGGCAGAUAUUCUGGACUACUCUCCCCUCGAACAGGGCCUGAAGAAGUACCAGUUCAAGAUAUUUUCCCUCCUCUUCUCGUCCUUCGAGCAGGUGCUAUUCCUCGAUGCCGAUUCGUUCCCCAUGCACGACCCCAUCAAUCUAUUCGAUUCGGAGCCAUUCCUUUCAACGGGCUUGAUUACCUGGCCAGACUUCUGGCAGGUUACUUACCACCCUUCCUUCUUUUACGUCUCUUCCCAAAAGAUCCCAGCAGGAUUCCGCCACGCAUCCACAGAAUCAGGCCAACUGCUGGUCUCCAAGAAAUCCCAUGCGCAAAUGCUUCUUCUCUCAGCCUACUACAACUUCUACGGCCCGUCACAUUACUAUCCGUUACUCUCCCAAGGCCACCCAGGCGAGGGAGAUAAGGAAACCUUCAUAGCCCCUGCCAUGAUCCUGAAUCUACCCUUUUACGCCGUAUCCACGGGCCCCGCCGUCUUCGGCUAUCGCAAACCAGACGGCGGGUGGGAAGGCGGCGUGAUCCUCCAAACCCAUCCGAUCUGGGACUCACGCCUUCCAGACGGCGAAGUCUACGGUUGGGGCGGGAAACCGAGCGCCCCGCCAGAAUCCUUCAUAACCUGCCAUGCCAACUUGCCCAAAUUGGACCCCAUCAGCGUAUUUGGGGAAAGGGGCCUGGCGUGGAAUGCUGACGGCAGCCCGCAGCGCAUGUGGGGUCCCUCACAUGAUAUGGUUGAGAAAGUCGGUUUUGAUAUCGAGCGCAGACUCUGGGGCGAGUUGCGGAAGACGGCGUGCGAACUUGAAGGCAAGUUUACGCCGUGGAAUGAUAAACCUAAGCUGUGCGCGAAAAUUGAAGAGUUUAUGAAGUACAUGGCGGAUAAAUAAUUUUAUUUUUUAUUUUAUUUUUAUAUUUAUUUUUUACUAUUUAUUCUAUUCUUCAAAUUGACUGUUUCCGGUCUGGCCGCUGCCAAAAUAUGCCAAACGGGGCCGAAUUACAAUGACCCUACCCCACACGCUCUCUUACAGGUGGAAAAUUUGGACAGAUGGGGCGAAACGCUGCCGCCAUUGCUUCUUAAGUCGACGACAGGGGGUACAGUGCGUUCCCAAGUCUCAUCUCCAGAAUUGAAGAAAAGGCGAAUUCCCACCUCCAUACCCCAAGCGAAAAUGGCACCGGUCCCUCAGCCCAGCCUCUGCUAGUCAAAAGCUGCAUUCUUCGCCGACGACGGAUUCCAUAAACCCAAGCCCAAGCCCCAGCACAAGCCAACAUUUUAUUAUUAUGCGAAUGUUUUUACUGGAUGGCUUGGAAAAAUCCGAGAACCAGAGCGUUCUUUGCUUACUUUCUUCAUACAUAUAUGCAUAUAUUGGGGUCUACCCAGGCACUACAUACACCUAGGUACCUAACAACUAUGCGAACGAUACACAUCACCCUUCUGGCGUUUAGAUUUUGGUAUGGGACGUUAGCUUCUAUUGUUUUACUUUUCUGGUUAACAUCUACCUAGCUCUCUCUCUUGCUUUCUUUCUGUCUUGCUCUCCGUGUCUCCCUUUUCCCUUUCCCCCGAUUUUUAUCUCCCUAGAGAAUAAUGUAUCAUUAUAAUAUCUGUGUUUUCUACUUGUUUGCUCUUUUUUUUAAAAAAAAGGGGGUUGGGGGGGGGGGGGGGGAAGCCUAGUAUGAAAAUGAAACCAGAAGUCAUCCAUGACAAAGUAAAUCUUGGCUGACACUAUACUAUAGUAUCCAAGCUCCUCUACUAUUUUUUUCGCCCAAUAUUUGUUGUUUCAUUUUCAAGUUUUAUGGCACUUGUUUUAUACAGCAUACAACGGUGAAAGGUGUGGUCAUAGUUAAUGUGCUGUACAUGUACAUACAUUACAUUGUCAGGGGCAUUAAGAGUAAGAUGUGAUCAGGGUUAUCAAAUGGGAAGGAGAAACAAAAGAACAGGGCUUCGAAAAUUGUAAAUGACUCCUGGUGUGGGAUGUAACACUAUUUAACCCCAUUGAUUUUUUUCACUUUCAUUAUUGUUCCUUCUUGGUAGAGUGAGUGAGACCUUUGUGCUUUGCUUCGAGUUAGUUGUCAGCUGCAUGCAUUCUGAAUGAGUUCAUGAGUUAGUUAGCUGUUCGGUAUGUAAAAGAAUGCCAAAAAUCAGAUAACCCCCUCCCCCUCACCUUGGCUUUUUUUCAUAGACAGUAGAUAGAACGAACUUCUCACAGUAGAUUAGUAAUUAUCACUCCCUGGCACUCCAUGGUUCAUCCGCAAAAAAAAAAAAAAAAAAAAAA